ACAUUGUGUGUGUUUGUUUAGGUGCUCUUGGGUCUUUAACACAGUGUGGACCAUGGUAACACUCGGUCACUUCGUGCUGCCGCUGCUUCUGCUUGGCGGAGCCAUUACCGUGGAGGUCCAACGCCCUCGCGGCGUCCCUUUGUCAAAACGUCAGUUUUAUGAAGAGGACAAACCUUUUACAUGUCUGGAUGGAUCCCGCACUGUUGCCUUUGACAGAGUAAACGACGACUACUGUGACUGUCCGGACGGUUCUGAUGAGCCUGGUACUGCUGCUUGCCCCAAUGGCAACUUCCACUGCACCAAUGCAGGUUUUCGACCAGCAUUCAUCCCUUCCUCCCGCGUCAAUGAUGGAAUAUGUGAUUGCUGCGACACCACCGAUGAGUACAACAGUGGUGCCGACUGCCAGAACACCUGCAGGGAAAUGGGUCGCAAAGAGAAAGAAGAACUGCAGAAGUUAGCAGAAAUUGCAGAGGAGGGCUUUCUGCUUAAAAAACAACUUAUCCAGGAGGCCAAACACGGUCUAGAGGAAAAGAAGACUAAACUUGAAGAUUUCCAGAAGAAUAAGAAAGAUCUGGAAGCAAACGUGGAGACUCUGAGAACGGUUAAGGAGGCUGCAGAGCAACCAGAGAGGGAAGCUAAAGAGCGCCAUCUGAAGGCCUGGGAAGAACAAAAAGCUGCCAUUCGUUUGGAGAAAGACAGGGCUAGAAUGGUCGAGGUGCUUCUUGAACUGGAUGAUGAUGCAGAUGGCUUUGUUUCCGUGGCUGAACUUCAGUCCCAUUCUGAGCUUGAUCCAGAUUCAGAUGGUUCAUUCACAGAAGCAGAGGCUCAGGGGCUGUUGCGUGGAAUGGACAAAGUGGACGCAGUAGUGUUUGAGACUGUCUGGAAUAAUAUAAAAGAAAAAUAUGUUUCUGAGUCCAAUGCAGACAUCCCACCACCAGGGGAAACGCCACCAGAUGAAACUCGAGAUAUCGUUUCCGAGAAUGACUCUGAAAACUACCCCGACGAGGACAUCCCAGAGGAGGAGGAGGAUGAUGAUGAUGAAGAUGAUGAUGAAGAUGAUGACGUGGAUGACGGAGACUAUAAAGCCCCUCCAACAACGAGGACUGACGAAAAGAAGAAGGAUGACGAUGAUGACGGUCCUAUGCCGCCCUAUGACCAAGAAACACAGGCUCUCAUUGAUGCUGCUCAGAAAGCCAGGGAUGAGUUCAACGAGGCUGAGAAAGCUCUGCGGGAAGUGGAAGAUCAGAUCAGGAACCUUGAGAAGGAAAUCUCUUUCGACUUUGGACCCAGUUCUGAGUUUGCUUACCUCUACAGCCAGUGUUAUGAGCUGACCACUAGCGAGUAUGUCUACAGACUCUGUCCCUUUAACAAAGUGUCACAGAAACCCAAGUUCGGUGGAUCAGAGACUAGUUUAGGAACAUGGGGUAAAUGGGCAGGUCCUGAGGACAACAUCCACUCUGUGAUGAAAUAUGAAAAUGGAAUGGGGUGUUGGCAAGGUCCCAGCAGAUCCACCACUGUUAAAUUAACGUGUGGUAAGGAAACGGUUGUGACGUCUACGUCCGAACCCAGUCGUUGUGAAUAUCUCAUGGAGUUCACCAGCCCUGCUAUCUGCCAGGAGCCUGCAAGAUUUGAUUCAGGACAUCCUGACCACGAGGAGCUGUAGAAGCUCAUCAGCUAUCGCUCUGAAGGGACCACAGUUAUUGCAGCAAAAUUAUGUUUCCAGUCUCCCUGCUGCACCGCCUGUGUGCUUUUUGUGCUAAACUUAUGGAAAUUCCAACGAGUGAUGAGAUUAUUGUGAGCAACACAUCCAUCUUCCACUCCUACAUGAUGUUGUUGACGCUAGUGUUUUAAGUCUGAUGUAGUCAUUCCACUGUUGUCAAAUAAAGUUGUUUAAAUCAUG